CAGGGGGUUGGACUAGAAGACCUCCAAGGUCCCUUCCAACUCUACUAUUGUAUUGUAUUACUAGUCCAAUAUGCAGCACCUUAGUUGCUAAUGGGGGUGAGAAGGUUUACCAGUGUAGCUUCAAUGCUAUGGUAGCAAUACUGGUUAUCAGUAGGUUUCCAGGUCAAAUUUAACCUGUAAAGCCCUACGUGGCUUGGCUCUGUAUCUCCAGGACCAAAUUUCCACAAUCAAUCAAGAAAUCAAUGCUUCCAUCCUGUGCAUUCACUCAGAGAGGAGAUGCUGAGGAUCAUGGGAUGAAGGAGAUUGGUGGCCUGAAGGUAGUCCUCAGCGGUAGCUUCCACAUUUGUGGAGCAGUUGACAACCUUGGAUUUGUGUGGAACAAUCUGCUGGCCUUGCUCACAGUCAUUAAGACCAAAUUGUUCUGCAGAUAGUUUGGAAAAUCACUAUAGGGUGCUUUUUGAAGAUUGUUUAAACAGAUGUUUUUAUUUAUGGUGUUGGUAUGGAUUUUUUUUAAAAAUGGGAUUAGGAUUUGCUCAUUCUAUAGUGUUUAUUCUUUUGAUUGUUAACUGCACACAGCUUCUAAAGUGGAUAGUGUACACAUUUGUUAUGUAUGUAUAGUGAUACUUAAAAUAUGUGAACCGUUUUGAAUUUUCAGUAUUUCUACAUAAAUAUGACUUAAUAUGUUCAUUCCAUACAAAUCCUAAAAUUAGAUAAAGAAAACCCAAUUAAAUCAAUGAGUCAAAAGUAUUUACUAGCUCAUUUAUUGUUGAGGAAAAUUAUCGGUUUUGCCAGAAUGGGAUCUGAGCCCAGGCACAAUCUCAACUCCUGGAUAAUGCCUCAGGCUAGGAGUCCUAUCCCAGCCAGCCAAGAAGACUAACAUGAGCAGCAGAAUAUUCAAGAGAACUAAGUUUUGUGUUCAAAGCUUAUUGCAUCUCCACAAAUAUUUCAGCAGGGCUAUCACAGCAAAGCUGCAAAAAUCCAGACAAUUACUAGCUAAUAACCAAGAGCUGUGCUGGCUUCAGGCUAUGGUUGAGUAGGCACUGGCCUAGGACACCAAAGCCAAUGCCAAUGAUUCUUCUUUUGAAUCAUUCUAAAAAUGCAAAGCUUCUUAUCAUCAGUCAAUGUGGCUCAGGGUACAUAUGGUAUAUCCAUGAGCCAGGUUUAGCAAAAAGAUAAAUAAAUGCAGUUGUUUAGUGCCAUCACAUGGUCACUUGGAUUUUUGAAAAACCAUAUAUGGCAUAUAUGGGGGAGAUACAAUAGGCAGAACAAGAAUCACUGAAAUAGUAUCUGGUAAUAAAGGUCUCUAAACAGUGUAGUUUUCAUUUUAUUUUCCUAGUUGCUGCUGUGUGUAUGUCCUUUGUGGUGCAAUAGUAGAUGGGGAUGAAGGAAAAAAACGAUUUCUAACUUUCAAUUGACUGAGUGUCUAAUGCUUAUUAGGCACUAGUAACUUGGUUUGAUUUGAAAAUUAUUUUGCAUACAAUGUAACAGCACAAUAGGAAAUAAGAAGUGUUCCAGUUAUUGGAAAUUACAGAAAAGCUUUGCAGAUACUAAUUUCUAACCUUUUUUAAAAAAAAAUCUUUGCUUGGUCUCUUAGAAAAUUGAGAUAUGAAUUAAUAUUAAUGAGUCUGUAAACUUACAUGAAAUAAUGCAUCACAUUUUACUUUUGGUCUUCUGAUCACACUAUCCCAGAUAUGUUUCAGCAUGCAACCGACUUUAAAUCAUGGUUGGCGAACAAAGACUGAACCUUUUUUGCCAGACAAGACCUUGGAAAUGUUAGUAGUACAAUGUGAUAAUCUUGAGAAGCAAGUUUCAGUAAGAAUUGUCCACUUGCACAUAAUUACGGCAUAAAUAAUUCACUGGAAACAUCUUUUUUCAGCUAUGUUCUCAUGACAUUGUCUUCAUAUUGGUCUCUCACAACUGAGACAGCCUUACGUCCUUAACUGAAAUGACAUUUGCUCUUGUAUCAAGUGUAGCCCCAGGAUGUACAUAUAGAAGUCUGUGCCAACCUUUAAGUUGAAGGAAACCAGAGGUUUGCAAUGACUUGAAAUAUUAUCUGCAGGUUUUCUAGCAAUGGAGAUAGCAAAUUUAUGCUGUGAGAGCUUUUUCCAACUCAAGGAUGAGAGGACAGCAUUUCAGUUCAGAAAGGCCUUAUGACUGCAAAUUAUCAGGCUCAUAUUAAUGACCAUUUGAUUGCACAAUUUAUUACAUAUUGUAUUUGAUGCUGAUAAAAAAAUCUUUAGAAUUAUUAAUCAUCUAUAUGAAAUCAAUGUUUUGAGAAAACUGGUGUGAGAAUGCUAUGAAACAUUUUUUGGGAAAACCCAAUGUAAGCAGAAAUAUUUAAAAUUACAAGCCCUGUAGGCAGGUAUUUCAAUUGCAAACUCUAAGUAUGUUCUUAAAAAGUUUGUUUUUGAAAGGUUCUUAUAUUUCUUACAACACAGUCCUAUGGCUACUGAGAACUCAACUCAGCCAAAUCAAUGAGAUCUUAGUCACAGAUAUAUUUCAGGUUGCAAGCUAAGCAAAAACAUUUUAUAACAUUAUCCAGUGUUAAAGGUUAACAAUGAUGACACUUCAUAUACGGGUAGUCCUCAACUUACGACCACAACUGAGCCCAAAAUUUAUGUUGCUAAGUGAGAAAUUUGUUAGAUGAGUUUUGCUCCAUUUUACGACUUUCCUCGUCCCAUUUCUUAAGUGAAUCACUGCAGUUCUUCAACUAGUAAAACAGCUGUUAAGCUUCCCUUGUCUGAAGGUCGCAAAAGGGGAUCACAUAAUUCUGGGACACUACAUCCAUCAUAAAAGUGAGUCAGUUGUCAAGAUCUGAAUGUAAAUCACAUGACCAUGGGGAUGCUGCAUCAGUCCUAAGUGUGUCCUCAGAAAUAAGUCAUAAGACACUUUUCUCAUGCCGUUGUAACUUUGAAUGGUCACUAAGUGAAAUGUUGUAACUCGAGGACUACCUGUACUUUAUCAAAAGGAGGGAUUGUUUUCAGUGACUAUUUCUAAUCCUGAAUUUUACUCCUCCAGGUGGACAAUCUGCAAGUCAGUUAAGAUACUCCGCUUUGCCUGGGGAAAACGGAUGCUACAAGGCAUUUUUUCAGGGGCCACGCAUGUUUUUUGAGAAGUCGCCGAUCGAGCUGGGAAAAGCUUGGGAGAAAACAGGCUUAGGCAGACCGCCGUGGCUUUGAGGGGUGGGGAAAGCGUAUCUCCCCCGCCCCGCAGAGGCUUCUUCCCCUGCUCGCUCGGGCUUUACCUGCAGCUUCCGCUCCCUUCCAAGGUUUCUCUCGCCCUACAGGAGGGGGAAGCGUAGAAGCGCCCAGCGGUAGCUAACUAGGAAGUAGUAGGAGAAAGCGGCAGGGUCCGAGAGGGGAACGGCGGGCCGAUCGCAGGUGCCAAAGCCCUUCAGCUCACCACGGCUUGGCCGACCUCCUCGCCCCCAAUGGCUGCUCCCGCCAUCGCUCCGCCCGAAGAUCAAGUAACUAAAGAACCAGUAGAAGACACUGACCCUAGCACUUUAUCCUCAGAAAAUAUAGAAAAGUAUCCUGUCCAAGAUACAGCAUUACCCAAAGAUGAAGAAUACCAAACAGAAAAAGUGACUUUGGAAAUUUCAUCCAUUAACAUUACAAGCCUAACAUCAGAUUCUGGCUUGAUACACCAGCCAGAAGAAGAUGAUGACACUCAAAGUAGUGCUGGUGAUUCACCUACAGCUUUGAAGAAGUCAUGUACAGAAAAUGGCUCUUGCUCUUUGUGUACAUUUCACCAGCCAACCAUCGGUGACCUACUAAAUGAUGAAGACUUGCUGUAUAUGAUGAGGAUCAAAUUGGAUCCAUCCCACCCGACAGUGAAAAACUGGAGAAACUUUGCAAGCAAAUGGGGAAUGACUUAUGAUGAGUUGUGCUUUCUGGAACAAAAACAACAGAGUCCCACCUUGGAAUUUUUGUUACGGAACAGUGACAGAACUGUGGAGCAGCUGAUUGAUCUCUGUAAAUUAUAUCAAAGGGUUGAUAUUGAAAAACUACUGCAGAAGUGGGUGGAGAAGGAAUGGCCAAAAAGAGGCCAUGGAGCCUAUCAGAAAAACAUAUAAAGGAGAAAAAUGACAAUAUGGAAAACCAAGAAUGGGUUUUGGUGUACAUAGGGCUUUUUUUUUCUAGGGGAAGGACAACAUACUUAUUUUUACAGCAUAAACUGAACUUACCCUUUGUAGUGAUCAGGACGACCUUUAAUUAUGAAUCUACAGAUGUCAAAGUCUACAGUACUCAGAUUUUUGAAGCAAUAAGGGGACAUUGAAAAUUAUCAGCAUGCUAUAUAGGAUAACUGCAUAAUCAUUUACUUCUGUUUAGCAGUCUUUGUCCUGUAUUUCUGACUGGAAAUUGUAUAGAAAUUAAACAUAGGAGGGAAAAGGGAGGUCCUCUUCGAGGAAUAAUCCAUGUCUGUACCUGUGCAUUUGGUCUUGUUCCACCCCUUUCCAGAUUGCCUUUGUUCAUGAACAAACCAGCAGAAGAUGCUACAAAUCAGAACUGGGAUAGUCUCAUAUGACUUCACCUGGAAGAAGGAACUUUUAUAUCCAAAGAUAUAUAUGAACAGUACAGAAAUAAGCCAUGUUUUCAAUCAUAAACUAUAAAAAUAUAGCAUCAGGUGUUGGCAUUGUUGGGCAUCUUUCAGGAGAGCCAAUUCUAGACAUUUUGGCAUCCUAGUCAGUCAUUUUGUGGCCCCUCCUAUGAUUUAUAUUUAUCUUUUGAGUAGCCAUGCUGAUGCACAGAGUGCGCUGUUACUGUUUUUCUGGGUAUAACUUUGAAAAGCUGAUAGUCACUUGCCUAGUUCCUUCCUAUCAGUCUUUUCUCUUGCUUUGGUAAUAUUAGUUUCCUGAGGUCCGUAGCUGUACUAAUUAUUUCUUUUUCAAAACUUGCAAUGCCUGGUUGAUGUGAUGUUCACUACUACUCCACUGACUUUGGGCAUAGAUAUUGUAGAAAUUUAUAGAAAGAAAUGAUUGUAAAACUAUGAGGAAAGAUACAUUUUAUACUCUUAUUGUGCAUAUAAAUCUUUUCAAUUCUGGUGUGCCCUAAAAUUUGGCACCUAGAUGACAGCCAAAAUGGGCAAUUGCCAAACCUCCCCGGUUUGUUGCCUUUUUCCUGCCAUCUCAGUGAUGAAAGUGAAGAAUCUAUACAAGCACACCCUUCCCAAUACAGACUGAAAGCAAAGAGAUGCCAAGUAUAUAGAUGGGACCAACAAUAAUUUUUUAAACUGGUGAAGCUAGGAAGGAAAAAUUUCCUGAAGGUAUCUUUUGAAAAGUUGACAAAAUCUGGAGCUGAUAAGGAAUACCUAAUCCAUUUGUAUAUACGAAUGCAGUGUCAGUGCUGCUAUCAUAAUUUUAAAGCCAGAAUAAAAGUAGAAUAUAGAUCAGAUAUUGUGGUAGAUCAGCAAGUGUUUUUUGCUCCCAGUUCCAUUCCUCCUCAGCCUAUUGUCUUCCAGAUAGGUUGUACUGGUUGUUCAUCAUCAUUGCCCAACUCACCUGGAGCAUAGUGGGCCAAGGAAGUUUAUCAUAGCAAUAACAAGCUUUCCCUUUUUUAAAACUAGGCUAUUAGAGUGGUAACUAAAAUGUAAACUUGCAUUUGUGGAUCCUUGCAGGAGAGGGUGCUUCAGUGAAAGAAUAUGCAACUGGCAACAAUUCCUUUUCACCAAAUUGAUCUUAAAGCUCAAAUUUUUUAAAAUAUAUCUCACAACUCUGAAACCUAUCUGUAACUUCAUUUCAAAUCCUUAUUUAAUAGGAGGCAUAAUGUCUCAAAAUCUCUGACUGAGAAGUAUGUUCCCUUGAUUUAAGACUGCAUUUUAAAAAUUAUUUAACAUGUUAGGGAUCAUUCAAAUCUUUCCUCUUCUGAGAAGAUUGAUACAAAAGCUGAUCACUUAAUGUUUACAACAACCUGUGUUUUAACUUUAGAGAAACUAUUAUAAGCAGCAUACUAAUUAAGUGUGCCGCAAAAAGCAUCACAUUUUAAGAUAAAUAGUAUUCUGAACAGUGUGUACUUGAAUUACAGAAUUAUCAAGAUCCUUGAUAGGUGCUUUUUUUCAGAGUAUGCAGAAUCUCUAUCUGCCUUUGAAUUGAAGUGGUUAGAUCUCAAAUGUGGAUAAUAUAUUAAAAUAUUUUAAGAGUGAUUACGUUAAUUGGAAUUGCUGAUUCCCUCUAGCAAUUAGAAAAUAUGUUCAAACAUGUUUUCAGAGACAGUUUGAGAACUAGUGCUACUCCAGGGUAUUACAAAGUACUUAUAUUCUCUACAAUAUUAUAAUAAAAUAUUAUGAAGCAUCUAUUAAUAAUUUCAGGGAUAGCCUUGAAAUAUUAUCAGAAAUUAAUCUUUAAAUGAAUUGGAGUCACUUGGCAUAGUGACCAUACUUUAGUUUUUAUAGCACACAAUAAUGCGGGCAGAAAGCCAGUUCAAUGUUAAUCUCAGACAUUGUUUGAUCUCAGUACAAUAACCAUAAAAUGCAAAUAAAACACUAUGCUGGAAUGUAGAAGAGUUGCUCAAAUGCAUUAGAAUAUAACUUAUAAGAAAAUGUGAGUUCAAAAUCGUAUGGAUUAUCAUUGUAAGGAAUUUAGUCCUAAAACCUACAUUCUUAAAUGUACUUCCUAACAAGCUUCUAAAGUAUGGAGAGACCUGGAUUUUCAAUAGAAGAAAUAUUUUCAGAUAUAAUACACUCUGGAAAAUGUCAUUAAAAAUUGGAGUAAAAAUGCUGCUAUCAGGAAGAAUACUUAUGGGGAAUUGAGCUUUUGGGCUACUCUACUAAACUCAAGCAUACUUAAUUGCAACACGUUUUUAUAAUUGUAGGUCUUUAGAGUUAUGCUUGAAAAUUAAGCCAUUUCUAUUACUAUAUUACUUUCUAUUACUACUACAGUAGUAUGCUGAAUUUUAUAACUUCUAAUUUUGUUAAUAUAUUCCUUUUUUGUAAUAGAUCUUAUUUCAAAGCAUUUUGUGUAUGUACUGGUAUCAUCAAUUUGUUAUGUUUGUUACAUGUUUUUGAUAUGCAGUUUUAGGAGA